UGCCAUACGGUCGUUUCCGCGACGCAAGACCAGUCCAUGUGAAACAUGUGAGCAGGGAUUAUGUUCUGUUACUUUCCGAAAGAGUUUUAUAUUCGGUAAUCAUUGAAAAACAUAUCAUUAUAAUCAUGCACGAACGUCGUCUUCCCGCCUCUCCCAAUUGGUACUGCUCCCGCUGCUGUGACGUCAGUAUUAGUGGCUUGCUGGGCGUCGGAGCCAAAAACUUUAUCUACUUGAUUGACGUGUCAGCAUCCACCUGCCAAACUAAAGGUGUUCUUGAGGGCCACCGAGGCUUGGUUUCAGGUGUUUCCUUCUGCCAGGAUGCGACGCAAAGUCACAUCUGCUCUAGCUCCUCCGGUGAUGGCGUUGUCCUCUUCUGGGAUACCAACACUAAAUCUCUGUUACGGGAGCACACGGCUCAUAAGAGCGCAGUCUCGGCCUUACAUUGGUCUCCGCUGGACAAAAAUCUGGUGGUGUCUGGUGACGAAAAGGGGAUGGUCGUGUGCCACCGCUACAACACUGGAGACACGGCCAGCUUCUUCCCCGAAGCCAAGAGCAUCGUGUGUCUCACCUGCUCCCCGUAUGAAUGGAGCACAGUGGCUGUCGGCUACAAAGACGGCCUGAUUGCACUGAUUGACGUGAGCAAGAAAGGCCAAGUGAUGCUCCGUCUGCGCGGGCACGACGAUGACAUCCACUCGCUUGCGUGGUCGCCAUUCACGAACGAGGCAGAAUCCGGGGACGGCAUCUAUGAACUCCGAGGUUAGCCAACUUUUUUUAAAUUCAAUAUUCUCCCCAAGUGUGAGGAGUUAUGAUGUUGAUAUCUUUUGAUCAUUUCAACUUCAAAUGGGGAUACUGCAGCAGAGGAGAACUGCGGCUUCCUAGCAUCUGGAAGUAAAGACCAGACGGUGAGAAUCUGGAGCACUUCCACUGGAAAAGGUAUAACCACCUUGAAACUUCCCUACUUGAAGAGACGAGGCUCCGCUGUCGACCCCACGCUUAAAGAAAGACUAUGGCUCAACGUCCACUGGCCCAAAAGACAGCCCACGCAGCUCGUUUCUAGCUGUUUUAGUGGCGAGCUGGUCAUGUGGGACCUGGCUCGCAGCAGCAAGCAGAAGUGGACUCUGUUUGGCUCUUCCGCUGAAGGCCAGAACCACAGCAGAAUUGUGUUCAAUACUGCCGCUUUCACAAUGCCAGAUGGCCGAGAACUGCUCAUCAGCACGUCCUUGGACAGAGAGGUGAAAUGCUGGGACCUGGCCCACCUUGACUGUUGCUGGACAUUGCCCACGCUGGGAGGCUUCGUGUACAGCCUGGCCUUCUCACCCGUGGCCACUGGUUGCUUGGCACUUGGCGUGGGGGACAACAUGAUCCGAAUGUGGAACACGCUGUCGGCACAGAACCAGUACGACGCCCGCUGCUUCUGGCAGGGUAUCAAGUCCAAGGUCACAGCGCUGGCUUGGCAUCCUCAACGAGAGGGAACCUUGUCGUUCGGAACCGAUGACGGCAAAGUUGGAAUCUAUGAAGUCUUUUCCAGCAAGCCGCCGCAGAUCUCGAGCUCCUACCACAAAAUGACAGUUUACUCGCUGGCCUGGGGACCGCCGCUUCCUCCGAUGUCAUUUGGCGCAGUGGAGGGCAAGGCGUCCCUCAGCCUGUACAGCUGCGCUGGCGAAGGAAUUAUCUUGCAGCACGACCCAACAAGUCCGAGCGGUGAUGCCUGUGACAUUGAUAAACUCAUCAGGCAGACAAACAAUAUAAAGCACAAGCUUUCUCCUCACACCGACCUCAGCUGGAAGCCAGACGGCAAAGUGAUCGCUAUUGGCAAUGAGGACGGAUGCAUUGAUGUCUACCUGGCUCCAUCGCUGAAGCUGCUGUGCAGCAUCCAGCAGCACCACAAGGUCAUCAACACGCUACGAUGGCACCCUGAAGACAACGCGACCCCGGAGCUUCAUGGCCUACUGGCCUCAGGCUCCUCCAAUGCCAUCAUUUAUGUGCACGACCUGCGCCAGAUUAUAGAGAAUCCUCCGGAGAACCCGUUGGUGUUGACGGAGCCCUAUCGUAGACUGUGCGGCCACACGGCCAAAAUCACCGGACUGGCUUGGAGUCCACACCACAGCGCCAGAUUAGCCAGCGCCUCAUACGAUGGAACGGCCCAGGUGUGGGACGUGCAGCAAGAGGCAGCGGUCUGCAACUAUCGGGGUCACACGGGCUCCUUGCUGAGCGUGGUCUGGUCGCCGGUGGACCCCGAUGUCAUCUGGACCGGAGGGAAGGACUUCACCGUGCAGGAGUGGAGAGUCUCCAAGCAGGAGUUCACCAAACCGCCCAAAGGGAAAAAGAUGGUAGACCUGAAGGAGAAAGCCAAGCAGAAGAAGAAGAGUAAAAAAAACACAGACGCAGCAUCUCUAGAAGUCAACGACCAGCGUGUGACUGAGGUAACGACAGCAACCAACGGAAAGGAAGUCUUAGAUGAAGUCGAACAGGAUGAAAUCCGCUCUACAAGCAGUCCUGUACCACCACAAGCCACAUUUGCAACUCAACACAAAAACACUACUGGAGUUAAGAGCAAAGACAAACAAGACGCAACCUUUCUCAAGAGAAAGAAGGCUCGCUCCAUCUUGCCCCUCAGCACAUCGAUGGACCACCGGCCCAAGGAGGAUCUGCUGCAGGAUUGCCUCACACUGGCCGCAAUCACGCACCGCGCUGCAGCCCCUGCAGACUGCGUCGCCGGCCAGGGCCAGCACAUCCACCUGGGCCUUUUCUCCGACAGAGCGGCCCUGCAGCGUAUGUUCCACUUGGAAGAGGAGGCUCACGUAGAAAGCGGCCACGUGGAGUCAGCUGUCUACUUACGGCUGUGGAGCGGUGAUCUGAAGGGGGCGCUGCAGCUGGCUGCCGAGAGAGGAGAGCUAACCGACCACCUCGUAGCUAUGGCACCCGCCGCGGGCUAUGCAGUGUGGUGUGCCACCGUCGAGCACUACGUCAAGCAGUUGUGUCUGCAGGAGCAGUACUUGAAGGCAGCGGCACAACUACUGGCCAUCAAUCAGGUGUAUCAGGCUGUUGACUUGCUGCGUUCCCACAAGCUCUACAGGGAGGCGAUUGCGCUGGCCAAAGCGCGACUGGCAACUGAAGAUCCCGUCGUGAAAGAGCUUUACACCAGCUGGGCCGUCAUGUUGGAGCAAGACGGUCAUUUCUCUGCAGCGGCAAAAUGUUAUAUCGCGGCCGGCGCCAGCUUCGACGCUGCCAAGGUGAUUUCCCGCAAGAAUGACGUGACAUCGCUAAGGACGGCGGCGCGUUUGGCAGACGUAGCGGGUGAGGUGGUUCUGGCCCAGUCACUGGCACUGCGCUGCGCCAAGGAUCUGGCAACUGCGCAGGACUGGGUCGCCGCACAAGAGGUCCUUGCUUCUCACCGUGGGCUACUGGUUCACAGGUUGCACUUCAGCGUGGCUGAGCUGCUGUGCGCCUCAGUCGCAGAUAUCCUCCCCGAGUUGCGUGGCGUCGGGCAUGCGUGGGCGUCCCCAGGCAAGGAUGGUGUCCUGAAGUGGGCACAACACGUCUGGGCCCAACACUUUGGCAUCUCUCGGCUCGAUUCAGACACCGGCGCAUGUGACCUCCGAGCUUUGCUUGUGGAACUCCAGAAUGUGGAGAGCCCCGCACCUAGUGCCAGUCUACCUCUUACACAGGUGCUGCUGUGUUCAUCCCGUCAUGUGGCUCGCGGCAUGCUGGCCUGGUUACUCGACGACGGCAUCGUGCUUGCGAAGGAGCUGUGGCUGGCUGCGGCUUGGCUCCGGGAGACCGCCCACUUCCAAGUCUCAGCCAUCCUCUUUGGAAUUCUAGCAGAUGCCUUGGGCCAGGUUCAGUCUCUACUGGAUGAUAACGCCAGGGCCGCCACCGACAGCCUACGGGCAUGGGAUGCCUACCAUCGUCUGUAUGAGUUCUGGUGGCGAACCCCAACUAGUAUCGUAGCUAAUGGCGUCCAUAUGGAAGAAUCGCCAGAAGAGACUAGGGCAUCGGCCGAACCAGACUUUGACGCGUCCUCGCUCCUGUCUGACGCUCAUGCCGCCUAUCAGGCAGAGCGACGGGCAGCUCAAGAAGCGAAGGACCGAUUGGCCGCUAUGGUGGCGCAGCACGGACGCAACCUGGCUGCCAAUGGGGAGAACCCUGCUGGACAAGAGCCUGAAGAGGAGACAUUUCUUUCCUUGACUGCUAAAAUGGCCAAACACCAGACGCAGCUUGCUGACAUUCCUGACACGAUCAAGCUAUAUCCUCGUCCCGAUGUGGUGGAGUGCUGUAUGGUCAUUCUCCACCUCGAUUCCGCCAUCCCAGAGUCCCUACAACAGAACGCCAAGGACCUGGUGCGGAAAUACGGAACGGACGCAACGCUACAAAAGGCCUGCAGAUUCUUGAGUUAAAUCAUGUAUCCGCUAUCCAAUGUACAGCCAUUUUUUUGUUGAAUUAAACAUAUAACUUGUCAAA